AUGAAUGGAUUAGCAGAUAUUAACACACCACCUAGUCAUGCGAUAUUUACAUCUCCACCUAAAAUUAGAGGAAUAUCUAAUUCAAAUCAGCUUUUAUUACAACCAUUACAACAACCCACUUCACAAAUACCUUCGCAAACAUCCUUACAAAUACCCUCCCAAACAUCCUUACAAAUGCCCUCGCAAACACCUUUACAAAUGUCUUCACAAAUUCUCUUACAACUAUCCUCACAAAUAGCUUCACAAAUACCUUCUCAAAUACCUUUACAAAUGCCUUCACAACUAUCUUCACAAAUACCAACAAUUUUUUUUUCACACUUUUCUAAUAUUCCCUUACAAGUAUUACCAAAUAUUCCUUUAUACAUACUAUCAAAUAUCACUUCACAUCCAUAUUUUAUACCAUUUCCAACUAUGCCCAAUUUAUCACAAGGAUCAAUGCUUUUUUCAAAAUAUGUUCCCGAACUUGAAGAAUUUUUGACUCAAAUAGAUAAAGCUGAAAAUGCAAAUGGAGAAAUUUUAGCGUGUUUAUCAAUGUUUCAAAAUCAAGCUAUUCAAGUUAAGUGGAUAUGCAAAUUAACUGAUGAACAGCUUGAAUUGGUUGGAAUUACUAAAACUGGAUGGAAAGUUGCAUUACAGGAGGCUUCUAAAGAGUAUAACCAAUAA